AUGUGUCUAGGAGUUGUGGAGGACGAUGAGGAUAAUGGUGACAUGGAAAGUGUCAAUGUUGUAUCUCAUGGACAGGUUAUUCGACUUAAUGUUGAAGAAGCAAAAAGAUUCGAUUCGGACAAUAUUAGACGCCAGCUUGGUGCAAAGAAGUUGUCGCUAGUGUUGGAUCUGGACCACACGUUGCUGCAUGCCGUGCGUGUUGAUGAUGUGGUAGGCGAUAUUGCCAAGACAGACAAUCUUCACUUCUUCUUUAUUCCCGGCCUGGUCCAGCAGCACGUAGUAAAACUACGACCAGGGCUGACAGAGUUCUUGACGGAGCUUUCAGCGCUGUAUGAUUUGUUCAUUUACACGCAUGGCACGCGACUGUAUGCUGAACAGAUUGUAAAGAUCAUUGAUCCGGACGAAACAUACUUUAAGAACCGGGUUGUGGCACGCACAGAUACACCUGACAUGCUUCACAAAUCUCUGAAAUUGCUUUUUCCUUCGUGCGACGACUCAAUGAUCCUUGUUCUUGACGAUCGAAUCGACGUGUGGAAGGAUAAUGAAGGGAACGUUUUUCUAAUCGAGCCGUACCACUAUUUCAAAUGCACUUCCGAGAUCAACAAUUCGUCCGGGCGUGGUAUAGCAGGUAUGGAGAUCUCGGAGGCUACAGCUAGCGAGGACAGGCAUCUUGCACAAUCAACGACGGUUCUGAAGCAUGUUCAUGAAGCUUUCUAUGCGGGUUACGAAAGAGGUAUGCAAGGUACAACUGCGGAAGAUCAAAUGGCUGGUAACGGUCGUGAUGUUAAAUCAAUUCUGAGCGCGCAAAAACGGGCUAUUUUGCAUGGCUGCUCUAUAGUAUUCAGUGGGGUGUUCCCGAUUGUUGGACCUCAAAGUCAUCAGUCGCACUAUCUGUGGCGGCUAUCGGUAGAUUUGGGUGCAGUUCCAAGUAUGACGUUGACAGAUUUUCCGCUAACACAUCUUGUGAUCCACCCGGAGCGUUUGGGAACGCAAAAGCACGUUCAGGCAAAAAAGAUUGCUAGCGUGCUGAUUGUAACGCCCGAUUGGAUCAUGAAGUGUGCUCGAACAUGGUCUCGCGUCCCCGAACAGGACUUCCUUGCAGACGAAUGGAAAGCUAGGCAUGCAAGCAAAGAACCUGCAGCGACGAUAGAUGGUGACACAAGCGCGUCUUCUGAAGAUGCACCAGCCGAAAUAUUAAGCGCAACCUCGACAGGCUCCAGUAGUGAUGUAAACGAAGAUCAAUUGCUUGCAAGAGCUCCAGUUGCAACAGAGAAUAAACCGGUAGCAAGUAUUCUAGUAAGCCAGGAGGGCGGUGCGAAUGGCGGUAAGCAUGUCACGUUUGCGAAGGCUACUGACGACGCUGGUAAACUUUCUGACGAAGACCGCACUGCACAAAAGUCAAACAUGGUGAGAAGGUCUCGAGUAGUUCGUAGAUCGUCCGGCACCUGUCAUGCUGGUAUUCCUGUUAUUUGUGGUGCUGUUACAACUGGUGUCGUGGCUACUGGUGGUACGUUUGAUUUCUUGUCAAAAAUCAAAGCAACGAAGCGUAAACCAUCCAGCAUUGCCAAGGUGAAGAAGGUUAAAAACUCUACGAAAGCUCCAGCGCCCCUAGUAUCUCCACCGAGUGAUGUAGACGAUGCCUUUAUGCGACUCAUUGCGGCUGAGGAGCGUGAAAAUGAAGAGGAACGAAAGCGUAUGGAAUCAUCAACGAAUAUUAAAGACCGGCUUAUUACCCGACGGGCCAAAAAAGACAACGGCAAACGAACGCAUGACUCAGAUCCUGCUGCAGCAAGGCCUGAAGAUAAGCGUAUGCGAGUCAUCCCCCCAGAACAGAUCGAUGGAGUUGAAAGCGCUGAUGGCGAGGACGAAGAGCUGGAUGACCUCGAAGCUGACAUUCUUGGGGACCUAUAA